GGAAAUAAGCUUCUCUCUGGAGGGAUAGCUAAGUAAGAAACUGAAAAGUGAGGUUAAUUUAGCAUACUGACAGCUUCAUGGAAUCUUGUUGCUGCUUUAUCCAUACAUGGUAAAAGGAAACAAUUGCCUGAGUUUUAUUUACUGUGCAGAUGUAAACUGUAUGGAGGUAAUUUUGCAGAGAGAGACAAAAUCAUGAAGUUGGAGGUGCCAGAAACAUUUGAGGAUGUUGCAGUUGCAUUUUCUGAAGAUGAAUGGAAAAUAUUAAGUGAACGUGAGAAGGAAUUACACAGGGAAGUCAUGGUACAAAAUUAUGAAACAAUGACUUCAUUAGGAUACAGAAUCCCUUUAGGACACUUGCUGUCACUAAUAGAGCAAGAUAAUGAGCUCUCCAAUGUUGAAGAUGUGGAGAUUGAUGGUGAGCAGCUUGAGGUGGUCAAAGAUGAAGACAGUACUGACCUUCCUCUAGAACACUUCUUAUCGCUUUUUGAAAGGAAUGAGGACCUUCCUAUUUGUAACGUAAAGGAAGAAGUGAUAGAAGAAAAGGAUAACUUUCUGGAUGAUGCUUCCAGCAGUGCAGACUACAAAAUCCCUCUAGAACAUCUGUUGUCGCUGAUGGAACAGAAUGAGGAACUUGCAAUUUGUACUAUGAAGAAUGAACCGUCAGUUCUCUGUAUAAAAGAUGAACAUCCAGUCUGCAACAUAAAGAAAGAAGAUGAAGAUCUAGAUCUAGAUGAGCAGAGUAAUUACUAUGAAGAUACCUGCAGCAUUUUCCAGUCUUCAGAGUCAGAGAAUGGUUAUUUUGAACAACUUCCUGUGCGUCGACCAGCCUUCACGGGAGUACAGAGUGUCCAGUUUAUCCAGUGUGAAAAAAGUUUCCCUGAAAAAUUAAUGUUUAUGAAAUAUCAAAAUAGAGAUAAUCAGCAGCUUAUCACUGGGAAAAGAAACUAUAACAUACAUGCAGCAAGUGUACCAUUCCCUUCAACUAAUGCAUAUAAGAAUUUUAGACAGCAGGGAAAUCAUUAUCUGCAUAGACCAAUUAGUGCAGAGAAGCAUUUGCAAUAUGCUCAUUACGGAAAGCCUUAUAGAUGGAAUACUAAUAUCACUAACAAUUAUAGUACUGCUGUGGGGCAGACAUUAUAUAAUUGUGUUUUGUGUGCAAAGAUUUUUAAAAGUAAGUUAGGCUUUUUACUUCACCACAGGAUUCACACUGGGUACAAUCUUUUUACAUGCAGAGUAUGUGGAAUAAGCUUCACAACCAAGCAGUCUUAUACCAAACAUUUUAUGAUUCACACAGGUGAGAAACCAUUCAAAUGUACAGAAUGUGGUAAAUGUUUUUCCCAGAAGGGAAAACUUGUGUGUCACCAGAGAAGGCACACAGGAGAAAAGCCUUUUCAGUGCUCUCAUUGUGGGAAAGGUUUUACAACUAAACUGUAUUUUACCAAGCACCAAAUCAUUCACACUGGGGAAAAGCCUUUUCGAUGUACUGAAUGUGGGAAGAGUUUUAGGUGGCGUAAUCAGCUUUCUCACCACCAGUUUCUUCACACUGGGCAGACAUUUAAUUGCCUGGAAUGUGGGAAGAAAUUUAAGUGGAAAGAAAAUCUCUUACUUCAUUUAAGAAUUCACUCAGGCCAGAAUCUUUGUAGGUGCAUGGAGUGUGGGAAAAGUUUUACAACAAAACAUUAUUUGUCUCAGCACAUGAAAAGUCAUACUGAAGAAAAGCCUUUUAAGUGUACGGAAUGUGGGCAGUGUUUCUGCAGGAAAGAAAAACUGUAUUUCCAUAUGAGGAAUCACAGAAAAGGUGCAUCUUACUUUUGUACAGUCUGUAGGAAGAGUUUUACAACUAAGACUUCUCUCAGUAAACACCAGAGGAUUUUUCACACAAAAGGCAAUCCUGAAAAACUGAAGGACUGGAAACAGAGUUAUGAUGACAAGACACAAAUAUAUUACCAGAGGAUUACCACAGGAGAUAACUGUGUUUUUAAAAGCAGUUACUCUAGAAAUAGUUUUUAUGAAAAUGGAAGUCUGUCUAAUCAGAGAAAUCUGACACAUGAAACACCAUUUCCAUGUCUGGAAUGUGGAAAAAUGUUUAAAUGGAAAGAAAGCCUUACACUGCACCAGAGAAUUCACACAGGGGAGAAACUUCUUAAAUGUUCUGAUUGUGGCAAAUGCUUUACUACCAGAUAUUCUUUUACUAGACACCAAAGGACUCACACAGGAUUUAAACCUUUUAAAUGUAUGGAGUGUGGGAAAAGUUUCUCAACUAAAUAUUCAUUUACACAGCAUCAGAGGAUUCACAUUAGGAAGAAUACUUUUUAUGAAAAAGUAAACAUUUCUUCCCAAGAUGAAAGUCAUGCAUUAGUGAAGCCUUUUGAAAUAAGUAAAUAUAACAAGAGUAUGUAUAAAGAGAUAAAAAUCUCAAGUGAAAGUACUCUCACAUACAGUCCUUUUAAAUGUAUUCAUUGUGGGAAGAGUUUCCUGACUAAGAAAUCUUUUAGUAAACAUCAAAGGAGUCACAUUUCAAUGAAAACUUUUAAAUGUUCUAUUUGUGGAGAGAUUUUUAAGGAUAUGAGGAGACUUUUGGCACAUCGUAAAACUCAUGUUAAGCCAAUAAUCUUCAAGUGCAUUGAAUGUGAAGAGAAAUUCAGUGAUAAAGCAAGUCUUUUAUCUCAUCAGAAUCUUCACUCAGAAGUAAAACCCUGUAAAUGUAAAGAGUGUGGGAUGAGUUUUAGAAGAACUACCCAACUUUUACUCCAUCUGAAAACUCAUGAAAGUAAAAAUACAUUAAAUUAUGGAGUACUGGAAAAAACCUUUAAAGUACAACAUUCUUCAAGUACACAAAAUAUGAUUCCCACAAAGGGGAAGACAUAUAAGUGUGAUAUAUGUGGGGAGUGCUUUUAUAAAAGAAAGAAACUUUCUCUGCAUCAAAGGAUACAUGCAGGUCAGAGACCUUUUAAAUGUACUAUAUGUGGAAAAUGCUUUUCAAGUAACAGAUAUUUCAUUAAACACCAAAUGAUUCACACAGGAGAAGAACCGUUUAAAUGCUCUGAGUGUGGGAAAAGUUUUAGAUGGAGUAACCAACUGGUACACCAUCAGACUGUUCACACCGGAGAGAGAUUUAAAUGUACAGACUGUGGAAAGAUUUUUAAAUGGAGGGAAAACCUAUUACUCCACCAGAGACUUCACACAGGAAAAAAUAUUUUUAAGUGUACAUAUUGUGGAAAGGGGUUUACAACAAAACACUAUGUCACACAGCAUGAAAAAACUCAUACUGCUGAAACCGCAUUUGAAUGCAGUCAGUGUGGGAAGAGUUUUUCUAGGAAAGAAAAGCUUGCAUUACAUCAAAAGGUUCAUGUUGCAAAGAAUUAUAUUAAAUGUACUGACUGUGGGAAAGGCUUCACAAGUAAAUUGGCUUUAACUAAACAUCAGGUAACUCACAGAAGGGAAAAUAUAACUUCAAGCAUCAAGAUAUGCAGAAGAAAUAAAAAGUACAUAAAGGAGUGUCAAUAAUAGGCUUGCCUUUGGGAACAUGCUUGUAAUAAAAUAUUCUUAUAUCUAGCUACCAGUAUGUGUGAUUUCUUACACACUGCAAAAGGAAAAUUUCCAGGAAUACAUAUUUUUGAGAUAGGGACGUUUAACUUCACUGCGUACUUGCAGCUUUUUUGGUGUGGUCUUCUUCCAUUUAUGUUUUUUUCCCUCCUUUCAUGCUCCUGUGAUGCUUUCAAUGUUUAAUAAAAGCAGGACAUAAAUGGUAGCUUUUUUGUUUUUUGGCUGCUUAACUUGCCUAAAACAAAAGGAAUCUGAAGAGUAAAUGUUAUUUGGUAGUUUUAUUCUCCUCUUGAGGUUGCAUUUGAGUCAAAAUGCACUUUGAGAAAUUUGUGUUAGUUACAGUAUUAGCAGUAUUUAACAUUUAUUAUCAGAGGAAACAGCAAAACCUCAUAAAGUUAUCCCUUUUUCUAUUGGCUGCCUGAGUAAUAACUACGAGCAUCAUAAAUGUGGUUUGAACAUUAUUGUAGUGCAAUUUUCCAGGAAGAAUCAGUACCUAAAUAAGUGCAACAGCCAUCUUACAGCAAGAAUUAACAGUGAAGAAGAGAACAGCUAUGUCCAUCAUCAUUAAUUAAUGUGGAUCAUGUUUCAUUGCACUUUACUACAGUAACAGUGACAUAAACAAGUUUGCCAUGUAUUAGAUUUGGACUGUGUGUUAAAAUACACACAAAUAGAACUUUUUACAUUAGAUGACUGUAUAAUAAUAUAUCUUGAAAAGUGUAGAACAAUUUCCCAAGCACUGUCUAGUUAAGUGACUGGCUCAGAAUCACACAGCAAGCAAAUAUAGGCUGAGGAAAUCAAAUACUGAAUUACAAAAAGCAGCUAUUUAACAGCUCAUAACCUUUAUCCUCUGCACUGUCAUGCAAAUAAUACUGGAUCAAUGCAUUUGACAAUUAUUGUUAGAAUUGUUAAGCUAUGGAACAUCAAUGCAGCUGUUCAGGUCUUUCCAAGGAGAAUCAAUGAGAUCACCAGAGUAUGCAAGAAGAGGCAGUGAUGUUCUUACUGUUUCACUGUGGUCAUACAUGUGCAGCUGUUGAUUAGAUCAUUCAAGUAAUCAAAGUUUGGGCUAACCCACUUACAAAAAGUGCUUCUAGGCGCAAUCUGUUCAUCAGUGUUUUAAACCAGUUUGGUGAAAAGAAGCGACAUUUACACAUUGGGAUUCUGACCGUUAUGCAUUAUUUUACGACUAAUACUGUGGAAUGCACUACUCACUUACACUGACAACACCUACAGUGCAAAAUUUGACAUCUCUGUCCAGUAGAAACAUUUUCUUUCCUUUUUUCUCACUAUUUUUGUUUUAGCUAACAAUAGAACCUACCUGAAGUUCUGAAUAUAUGUCACUCUGUAGUAUUUCCAGUCUGUGUACUUAUUCAGGGAAAUACAGUAGCAUGCUUAUGUCUAAAUGGCUGCUCCCUAUCCCAGAGGGAAAAAAUCUCAUAGUUGUCUGAUUAUAUAUU